GGGGGAAGGAAUGGCAGGCUGGGGGAUCUUCUUCCUCUCUCUGCUCAACUACAAGACAGAGAAAUAUGUCAUCGCAGAGAACAGGAGGAUUGGAAUAUUGUUUCGUCUCUAUCAGCUGGCCGUACUGGGGGGUCAAGACCGGCCUGUGCAUAAACAGCACCGGGACCUGUGAGAUUCACGCCUGGUGUCCGGUCGAAUACACCAAGCGUCCCGCAGAGCCUUUACUGAGCGAGGCAGAAAACUUCACCAUCUACAUCAAGAAUUUCAUCCGCUUCCCAAAGUUUGAAUUCUCCAAGUCUAACGUCCUUGAAACCUCUGACGAUAGCUACCUGAAGAGAUGCUCCUACGACGAGGAGAAUCAUCAUUACUGCCCUAUCUUCCGCCUUGGAGAUCUGGUCAGCUGGACUGGACACGACUAGGAGAUGGCUGUGAAGGGUGGAUCUGUUGGUAUCCUCAUCGAGUGGAACUGUGACCUGGAUAGAGACUCCUCAAAGUGUAACCCACAUUACAGCUUCACUCGUUUGGACAUGAACUUGAACAACUCAGUCACAUCUGGAUACAACUUCAGAUAUGCCAGGUAUUACAAGGAUCAAAAUGGUGAAACCUAUCGCACUUUGUAUAAAGUGUAUGGAAUUCGCUUCGACAUAAUGAUCAACGGCCAGGCUGGAAAAUUCAACAUCGUUCCCACAAUAAUUGCCAUUGGUUCUGGUAUUGCCCUGCUGGGUGCUGGAGCCUUUGCCUGUGAUAUGAUUCUCCUCUACAUGAUGAACACGAGUUCCUUCUACCGAGAGAGAAAGUUUGAAAUCAUCAACUUCAAGAAGGAGCGGACCAAAAACAGGGACGGGAAGACUGGGAACCGGGAGAGGAGAGCCAGGAAACCAGGGGCAGAGAAAGGCAUCGGCAACUCUAACAAAGAGGAGGAAACUGAAGCCAGUAAGGAAUCUUCUCCCACAGCAGAGGAAACACGGGGUCCCACCAUUCCACGCAACACAGGUCAAAGAUACAACUCCGCUCUCCCCACCCACGUUUCAGAGCAGAAGAACCACAUCACGUUCUCGCCACACAGUUAAGGUUAUAAGACAGAGGUAGACCUAUCCGCCUCAGUGGCCCCGGUUAUGUUGCAGGAGGUGGAAGCAAAACGUAAAAUGGAUUGUCCACUUCUUAUCUGCUGGUAUCACUGUUGCCAUUUCAACAAGCUUGAGAGAUGCUUGCAUUGACUGAAAAUGUGUUGGUCAAGGGAAAUGUUGAUGUGCAGCACUGGUUUGAGGGGCAGGACUCUGAUGUCAUAUAAACAAGAGGGUGGUUUCAAGUUAAUGGGUCAGGAACCAUGAGAUUACAACAGGUCCAUUAAUAAGAAGUACUGUGAUAAUGAAGAUUCAUUCAUCAAAGACUUUUAGUGAAUUGCCAAAUAUGUGUCAGUUGGUGUUUCAGUUUCUAUUAAUUGUUUUAAAUUCUAUUUCAAAUUUUUUUUGAUGGUUGGUUAUCUAAUUAGUCUAAUUUGGCCUCAUUUCCCAUGUAUGUGUUGUAUUCAAGGCCUACGUUUUAACCUGUUAUUUUAUGGACUACAUUAUAAAAAUUACACCAAAAAUACUAGAUAUGAAAAAUCAGUCCAAGGACAUCUUCGAAAUUCUGUGUUACAGAGAAGGUCAUGAAAGAACAGAUUGAAGAGAAUGUAUUUUUAGUGCACUCAAUGUAAGAACAUGUGAACUGUCUUAAUUAUUAUUCAGCUGGAGGCAUCAUGUACCUGUGUUGUGACAGAUAUGUGAACUGGUUUAACACUGAUGUGUUUCCUAUUCUGGGGUUCUGACAUGGAUAUCUACCAUGCAAUUGUUACAACACACUCGGAUUGAUAAUUUUUCAUGUACGACACUGUGGAAUGCAUUCUGUCAUGUGCCGUCAGUCUUCUUUGAGUCGUCAGGUUCACUGGAGAUGUUUGACCUGACUGACGUUGAAGUGCAGUUACUCCUUUUCCCGUUUUGUUCCUGUGCCUUUUUAUUGAAUGUUCUUCGUUGCUGGAAACUAA